UUGGUAUCCCCCAGGACAUAGCCCAUGCCGAACCAUUCACUUUCAAGGCUUGUUGUUCAGAAAACUUCUCUCGUUUAUGUUCUUCCCAUCUAUCCAUUUGAUUCUGAUAUAGCUCUGAAUAUAAGCAAUGAAGAUCCGGGCUUCUUCCUUCUUGAAGAACAUAUUUUUGGUUGUCGUCGGCAUGGUGAAGGCGAAGACGAUGGCACUGAAGAGCAAAACUAGCGGGUUCAAGACCAGGCUCCUGGUUUUGGGACUGCUCCACAACAAGAAGGUGCUGAUGAAAGCGAUCAACCACAAGAUCCAUGCACUGAUUAGCAGCCAAGCGAAGGGCCAAGGAGAUGAUGCGCAUUUUGCUGAGGAACACAACAAGGCGAUCAUGGCCUAUCCUUCUUCCCAGGUCGACGACGAUGCGGAGCCGACAAGCCCAUCCCACAUCACAGAACCUGAGGGGUAUUCUGAUUACGACGACGACGACGAUAACUACCCUGAUCUGAGGCACUCACUCUUUAAGUUGGAAGACGAAGAUGAUGAGGAAGAGAUUGAGCUCGGCGACGCCAACGGAUCUGUUAUUGAAUUCGUGAGGAAUGCAAAGGAGGAGGGUGGCACGGAGUUCAGUCUAGAAGACGAGAUCGACCAUGUUGCAGAUGUGUUUAUAAAAAGGUUUCGCAAGCAAAUAAAGUUGCAGAAGCUGGAAUCCUUCAAGAGGUAUCAGGAAAUGCUGCAGAGGAGUGUGUAGGCAGUGAUAUAUAUCAGAAAGAUAAUAAACUAGUAAUAUUCUAGUUAAGAUGGUAGGAUUUACUGGUUAAUCCUAUCAACUGUGGGAAUGCUUUAGCAAGUUUAGUUUUCUGCGUACGCAUGUGCAGCUGCAUCGUUCAGCUUUUUUAUUAUUUUUAUUGAACUAUUUCCCAAAUAAUACAGAAGACACAACAACUAAUUUGGAUAAUAAGAUUGGAGCAUUAGAUUGGAAUAAGUGUGGAAGUGUAAUUGCUGAUAUACAAUUAGAUCAGUCAGUAUAAAGAUAAUUAAUAUAAUGGAAUAUUUUGAGGA